AUGUCAACACGCACGCCAGUGCAGCGCCUAUUGCUGCAACAAUCCAGCAACACACCGCUCACUACCCUCCUCUCGCCCUACCUCUCUCAACCCCACUUGCGACAACCCAACACCACACGCGCCUUCAGCAACACCUCUCCCAGCUAUGCCGGCGUCCGCAAGGCAAGGUCCUUUGCCCCACAGCAAAUGGGCAUGAAACAGCCCUCCCAAAAGUCUUUUGAAGUUAUGAAGAGAGACCAACUCAAGAAUAUCGAUCAGAUGCCCAACGAUCUGGGCUUGAUCCCUGGCACUUUUAUCAUGCCUACUGCUUCGCGGUUGCCUUCUCUGACUUCAGAGUUCGGUGCGAGGUUUGCGUUGGAGAAACAUCGUGCUUGGACGAGGAUUAAGGAGGUUUUUGCCCGCCACUACAUGGGUUUCUUCCACGUAAAACCCCGCGCAGACUUCCAAACCUCGUCCAUCCCUUCAAUCGCAAAAUCCCUCUACACGGAAAUGUACACCGCCUUUGCCGCAGGAAACCUCUCCCCCAUAGCCCCCAAACUCUGCGAAAACAUCUACACCUCCCUCGAACAAAGGAUCCUAGCACGAGGCCCCAAUACCGGUGUUUCUUGGACAUUGCACUCUUGGGUGUCAGAGCCUAAAAUCGUGUCUCACAAAUACAUGCCCCUGAGUUUUGAGGACAACAAGGAUAAGACGAAACAAACCACUAUCCAACAGGUUUGUGUGAGGAUGCAGAGUUAUCAGAGUUUGAAAAAGACGAAGAGGGUCAAGCAGGGAAACAAGACUGUCGAGGUUGCUGAGGAGGGCAGUUCGGCGGCGCCUAGGCCUGUUACUGAGUAUCUUGUUGUGCAGAGGUUGUGUAAGAGGGGAAAGAUGGGUCCUUGGAUGGUUUGGGGCACUACUAAAGAGUCUGAUCCUGAGGAGGCUCUGAAAUCAUCAUAG